AUGGCCGAGAUUUUCCCCAAUCAAUUUCUUUUGUCGAGUUACGACCGAUGGCUCGUGACCAUCCUUCUCCUGUUGUCGACCUCGUCAAAGGGUGGUGUUUGGGCACAAAAUGGCGACGGAGGAGGAGCGUCAGGUGUCGAACCGGGUGAUAUCGGCGGUGGAUCACCCGGCACGGGGAGUGAGAAUGCAGGCGCACAAGGAUCUGAUACGGGCUCGGUGAAGUUGAGCGUAGGGGCGACUGUUGCUAUUGCCGUGGUGGUUAGUCUUGUUGUCAUUUUAGGUGGAACGACCGCUAUACUCUUCUUCCUGGCUAAAAAGAGACAAUGGAAGAUCAAAGAGGGUUUAAGGAAAUCCGCUACAAAAGUCAAGAGUGCCGUCAAGGCUGUCACUACACCAAUGACACCGAAAAGAAUGACAUUUGGUGGUAAGAGUCCGGUUGAAAAUCAAAGAAGAAGAAUAGGAGGAGGAGGAGGAGGACAUACCGAACGGACGACGGUGGCGGCAACCAACCCAAAAAAGGGAUUGGGUAUAAGAGCGGCAGCAUCAGCAAUGGAUGAUGGAAUACACAGAGACAAGGAUCGAGAUUUGGAAAAGGGGGUGGCUACGGUUGUAGCUGCUACACAGGUCACCACCACUGCUCCAGCAACACGUGUUGUCCGUGAUGAUGGUAAUGGAAGUGGCAGUGAUCACGAAGGAGACACCGAGAGUCAGAAUUCGAAGAAUAAGAUUAUUACAGGGACUCAACAAGGGGAGAGGAAAAGUCGAAAGGAAAAACCAAGACCGCCAAAGGUCGAGAUUCCAACGAGUUCUUUCGAGAUUGAUAGUCCCAAAACCCCAAUUUGGAAGAAGGUAUUUGGACGAUGAAGGCGCUGUAUCACGAUGAUGGGGACAUUGUAUGUUAGCAACGG